AGACAGCAGCAUAGAGACGUAAACGCAAACAUAAAUAAAAAAUAUCACACACAAGGAUCGCAGUGGCACGCAUACCCAACCGUUUUUAACGUGUCAUCCUCCAAAUUUGCAUGGCGUAUUGUCUUUAACUGAGUCAAAUUCUUAAUAAACCCUCUGCUCAUUCCUUCAUACAUACCAUACACUCUUCCACUUUUCUUGUGUGAGCAACGAAUAGCGUUUUUCUUCAGCUGCUAUGGCAGUUGAUCACUCUCUAAUCAGCAAAAGCGCGCGGUGUACCCUUCUGUUAUGGUCAUGGAUGUUGCUGAUGCUGAGUUUCCCUAGUUCAGCCGCCAGGCUCAGCCGAAGAGAGUUGGACUUGGUCAUUCGGUUACCGACCGAACCGGUGGAUGCUGACGCUGAUGAAGUGGGAACUCGAUGGGCGAUUCUCGUGGCUGGUUCAAGCGGUUAUGGAAAUUACAGGCAUCAAGCGGAUGUGUGCCAUGCUUAUCAGUUGCUGAUAAAAGGGGGCCUAAAAGAAGAAAACAUUGUGGUGUUUAUGUACGAUGACAUAGCUACCAACGAGUUGAAUCCCAGGCCUGGAGUUAUCAUCAAUCAUCCUCAGGGAGAAGAUGUGUAUGCUGGUGUCCCCAAGGAUUACACCGGGGAGAACGUGACAUCUGAGAAUCUAUACGGCGUUAUUCUUGGGGACAAGAGCAAAGUGAAAGGUGGAAGUGGGAAGGUGAUCAACAGCAAACCUGAGGAUAGGAUAUUUAUCUUCUACUCUGAUCACGGAGGUCCGGGAGUUCUUGGGAUGCCGAACUCUCCAUUCCUUUAUGCCAUGGAUCUUAUUGAUGUUUUGAAGAAGAAACAUGCAUCAGGAGGCUACAGGGAGAUGGUUAUAUACAUAGAAGCUUGUGAAAGUGGGAGUAUGUUUGAGGGUAUAAUGCCCAAGGAUCUGAAUAUUUAUGUCACAACCGCAUCAAAUGCACAAGAGAAUAGUUGGGGAACUUAUUGUCCUGGCAUGGAUCCUUCUCCACCACCAGAGUACAUCACUUGCCUAGGUGAUUUGUACAGCGUUUCUUGGAUGGAAGACAGUGAGACUCACAAUCUAAAAAGGGAAACGGUAAAGCAACAAUACCAGUCGGUAAAGCAACGGACUUCAAAUUUUAACAACUAUGCAUUGGGUUCUCACGUGAUGCAAUACGGUGACACUGACAUUACAGCUGAAAGGCUUUAUUUAUACCAAGGCUUUGAUCCUGCCACAGUCAACUUUCCUCCACACAACGGCAAGCUAGAAACUAAAAUGGACGUUGUUCACCAGAGAGAUGCAGAGCUUUUGUUCAUGUGGCAAAUGUAUCAGAGAUCAAAUCAUCAACCAGAAAAGCAGACAGACAUCUUCAAGCAGAUUUCGGAGACAGUGAAGCAUAGGAAUCACUUAGAUGGUAGCGUGGAAUUGAUUGGAAUUUUACUGUAUGGACCAGGAAAAAGUUCUUCAGUUCUAGGAUCUGUGAGGGCUCCUGGUCUGCCUCUUGUUGAUGACUGGGCAUGCCUAAAGUCAAUGGUUCGGGUGUUCGAAACUCACUGUGGAUCUCUGACUCAGUAUGGCAUGAAACACAUGCGAGCAUUCGCCAACAUAUGCAAUAGCCGCGUUUCUGAGGCCUCCAUGGAGAAGGCUUGUAUGGCAGCCUGUGGUGGCUAUGAUGCUGGGCUAUUACAUCCAUCAAACAGAGGCUAUAGUGCUUGAUUUUGGGUUGUAGUAGUAGUACACACUAAGCCUUAACCAGCCCUUGUUGAUGAUGUCAACUUUGUUCUCUCUAUAAUUAAUUAGACUAUGCCAGGUA